AUGAGGAGAACGCGCGCGAUUGCAGUGACUUGUCUAGGGCUGCUCGUGAUGAUUCUAGCCCUCGACAUCAAUCUAACAUCCUUCAUGGAUUUGACCGGAAUUCAAGGGCUAAAAGCCUGGGCACGGGUCCCAGGGGCUACCAAGCCGAGGACAUCGGCCUCACUAUCAUCGGACAUACACGGAUCACCGAUCACCUGCGACCGAUCUCACGCCUCCUACGAUCUGUGCACCAUCCACGGCCCUGCUUUGCUGGACCCCGCCCCCGCCACGAUCUCUCCCUUGGACCGGGCCUCGCCGCCGCAUGCCCCGGUGAAGACCGGCCCUUACACGCGGAAGAGGGACCUGCGUGCGCUCUCGCGGGUCAAAGAGCUGACCAUAACCUCUUCCUCGCCCCCGCCCAACGCCACGUGCGGAGCCACGCAGGCGGCCCCCGCCCUAGUGUUCAGCGCCGGCGGCUACACCGGCAAUUUCUUCCACGAGUUCAGCGACGGCCUCGUCCCGCUCUUCAUCACCGUCGAGUCCAUGUUUCCUGCCAGCAACGUCACCCUCGCGGUCGUUGAUUGUCGCGACGGGUGGCUCCGGAAGUACGCGGACGUGCUCUCCCACCUCAGCCGCCGCCCGGUCAUCAACCUGGACAGGCAGGAGGAGACUCUCUGCUUCCCGUCCAUCACCGUUGCGCUGAUCACGCACGCUCCGAUGACUAUCGACCCCAAGCUGCUUCCGCAUCCGAAGAGCCUGCGCUAUUUGGCAUCCUUCCUCGAAGGCGUCUACGGCGGCGGCAGGGCGGUGGCUCCUCCACCGAGCCCAGCUUCCGGAGGGAGGCCGCGACCGGUGUUGGUGAGCCGGCCGAGGAGCGCCGGACGCGCAUUCUUGAACCAGGCAGAGCUGGAGGCCCUAGCGGAGAGGACUGGGUUCGAGGUGAGGGGAUUCGCGCCGACCCAUGAAGUGCGGUUGGCAGAGUCAUACAGACUGGUGCAGGAGAGCCACGCCAUGACAGGGGUGCACGGGGCGGCAAUGACCCACGCGGUUUUCCUGCGACGGGGGUCGGUGCUGUUGCAGGUGGUGCCGGUGGGGACGGCGUGGUUGUCGGAGGCCUACUUCGGGAGGCCGGCGAGGGUGCUGGGGCUGGAGUACGUGGAGUACAGGAUCGGGGCGAACGAGAGCAGCCUGGCGGAGCAGUACGGCGUCGACAGCUUGGCGAUGAAGGAUCCGAGGGCGGUGGUGGGAGGGGGAGUGGAAGAAGAUGGGUUUGUACUUGAAGUCGCAGAAUGUGAGGUUGGACUUGGGGAGGUUGAGGUCGUCCUUAGAGAGGGCUUACGUCAAGGCCAAGGCGUUCAUGGAGGUUGGAGAGUCGAGUUAGCACUUAAGCAUGCGAUUGAAUCGAGACGGCGGAUCUGUUGCGUAACUUCUUCUCUUUGUCUCGUUCCUUUACAUCGUAUGUCAAGGUGGGAUCAGGAGAAUUCUGGUGUAGAUAGAUCCUCGGGGUGA